AUAGAGCCAGUGAGAGGAGCAGUGGUUUUUAGCACAGCUAUAGCCUAAGCUUCUGUAGGUGUUCAUUAAUGGACGGCUGCACACUGCACGGCGCUAUGGGGAAGCUCUCCUGGAUAUUUUUUUAAAUCUCACGUACUCGAUAAGGUCGAUUCGUUUAGGAAAUGUCAAUAAAUGUGCUCCUUCGACCAUUUAUUACAAUUUAUUUAUUUUGGCGAAAUAUUUCGCUAGAAUUUGAGCCACUGCUUUGAUAUUCCCUGUGCGCUCUGCAAUGGAGCCGCAAUCAAGCGUGCUUCCGAUGAGAUGGCACCUCUGUUUUCUUGUCCUCCCGGCGAUGUGGAGAGUCGCCUCAGCUGUGACACGAUACUCCAUCCCCGAAGAAAUUCCAGUGGGCUCCGUGGUCGCAAAUAUCGCUAGCGAUUUGGGCCUCGACGCGCACAGCUUUGCGGAGCGAAAGGUAAAGCUGGAUUAUAUUAACAGCAAAAAAUAUUUAGAAAUAAAUAAAGACACAGGGGAACUGUUUAUCGCCGAGAAAAUCGACAGGGAGAAUUUAUGCCCUGCCAAAACAUCAUCGUUCUGCUUUCUUAAGAUGGAUGUGAUAAUCGAGAGUCCAAUACGCAUCUUUAAUAUCGAAUUGGAAAUUAUGGACAUUAAUGACAACGCGCCUCAAUUCAGGCGGGAAAGAAUACCCCUCGAUAUUUCAGAAUCUGCGACGCCCGGAGAGCGGUUCUCUUUAACGAAUGCAGUGGAUGCUGAUGUCGGAGAGAACUCUAUCGAGACUUAUUAUCUGAGCGACAGUGACGAGUUUACGAUUGAAAUUCAAUCUGGAAGCGAUGGAACCAAAUACGUUGACCUGGUUCUAAAAGCGAUUUUAGACCGAGAAAAACAAGCAGUCCAUACGCUAACGCUCACCGCCGUGGACGGCGGCAUACCUGCACGGUCAGGUACAGCUAGCAUUAUCAUUCAAGUGUUGGACACCAACGACAACGCCCCACAGUUUGAUCGACAAGUUUACUCCGUUGAUUUGAUCGAAAACGCGCCGGCUGGGACGCUAAUUAUGCAGCUGAAUGCAUCAGACUUGGACAAGGGUACAAACGCAGAAAUCACAUACUCUUUCACUUUAUACACAUCUGAGAGCACACAGGAGAAGUUCUCUCUCGAUCCCAGCAGUGGAGAAAUAAGAGUUAAAGAUGUGAUUGAUUUCGAAGAGGUUAAAAGCUUCGAGAUGUAUGUUGAAGCCAAAGACAAGGCGGCCAAUCCCCUGUCUGGUCAGUGUAAAAUAUUAGUGUUCAUUACAGAUCUGAACGACAACUAUCCUGAAAUUACAGUCAAAUCUUUUCAAAGCUCAAUCAAAGAAAGUGACCCCAUAGGAACAGUGAUAGCUGUUAUCAGUGUGAGUGACAGGGACUCUGGAGAUAAUGGCAAAGUUGUUCUCUCAAUCCACAAUGCAGAAUUGUUACCUUUUGCACUGAACAAGUCAUCAGAAGACUUUUUUGUAUUAACAGUUACUGAGACAUUGGACCGUGAGAAGAUCCCCAAUUAUGACAUCACACUUCAUGUGACUGACAGAGGAACUCCACCUUUGACUGAUAAUGAAAUGAUCAAUGUUGUAAUACAGGAUGUUAACGAUAACGCACCAGUGUUCCCCCAGGCCCUCUAUAAAAUUCAUUUGAUGGAAAACAAUGAGCCUGGGGCUUUAUUAGCCUCUCUCACUGCUCACGACCCAGACCUCCAUGAAAAUCAGUAUCUGGUUUACGUUAUAAUUGAAAAAGAGAUUGCCAACACGUCAAUGUCUAUGCUGUUUUCCAUCAAUCCAGAGAACAGCAACCUCUACGCUUUACGCACUUUUGACUACGAAAGGGAGAAGGAGUUUCUAUUUCAUAUUGAAGCAAGAGACUCUGGGAUCCCUCCUCUUAGCAGUAAUGUGACUGUACACAUCAUCAUUCUGGACCAAAAUGACAACACCCCACUCAUAGUGUCUCCAUGGCGUCCGCAAGGCACGGUUAUUGAGGAAAUUAUUCAGAGAUCGACUGACAAAGGAUCCCUGGUCUCCAAGGUUAUUGCGUUGGACGCUGACUCAAUGCAGAACUCCCGCAUAACAUAUCAGUUUCUGCAGAUCACAGACACUACGCUGUUCAGCCUUGACCAGUAUAACGGUGAGAUAAGAACCACACGUAUGUUCAGUCAUAGGGAUCCCAGACAUCAACGGCUGGUCAUCAUAGCCAGAGACAAUGGAGAACCGCCUCGUUCAGCCACAGUGACCAUCAAGAUCUCCACGGUGGAGCAAUUGGUGACGCAGUUUACUGAAACCACAGAGGUGCCUAUUGAAUAUGACUUGUUCACAGAUCUAAAUCUAUAUUUGCUCAUUGGUUUGGGUUCAGUGUUGUUUUUGCUGCUCAUCACUAUUCUGGUCAUCAUAGUUCUAAAAUGUCAAGAACCCAAACAGUCUAUAGCGGCUCCACAUGGCAGGAACAGCAUCGUAAGCCAGAGGAACUCCACCACUGCUGACUCUACACUCAUCUCAAGUGACGCCUAUUGGUACAGUCUGUUUCUGGCAGAGACUAGAAAGGGAAGGGUGGUGGUACGGCAGCCCCUUCCUAACGGGACAGGGUUUAUUGUGUCAAGUAUCCCAGGAAGUGCUGCACUGACUGAGACCAGUGCAUCAAGGUCUUCCACAUUACAGGAGUCUAGCAGUGAUUUACCAUGAGCUGACUGAUGGAUUACAACAUACUACAACUGCCAGCCUAUCUGUUCAUGAGGGGACGAUUGAUCCUCUGUUUCAUAAUUACUUCAAGGUUUUACUCAAUGCAAGACUGUAUGUCAGUCACUUGUAACCAAAUUGAGCAUGACUUUGCAUGGAUAAGUGAUGGAAAUUUGUUUAUAUUUAAAAGACUUCUAAAUACAUUGUCAUACUUCCUGACUAUUUGGAAAACUGAACUGAUCAGCAGUGAAAAAAUCUCUGUCAGAUUCGUUUUUGAUUUCAGUAACACAUGAACUGCAAAGACAAAGCUUGUAUUGAGAUCAAAUGAGUGUCAAGGUCAUGUUUAAGUGGAAUUCAUAAUUUUACAUAGUUAAUAAAACAUGCUGACAAGAAAGUUAAGAUGUGAUGAGCUCAAUCUAAUGAGCCACGCAUAGAUUUUACCUCAAAACAUGCUUUUACAGGUAUGUAGUGGAUAUAAACAAUACAUGUAAAUUAAUAUUGUAUUCUGCUCUCCACCAAAUGUUUAAAAUGAAUUGCCUUUGCCAAGUGGAUUUUAUAAAAUAUGCUGUUUUAAGACAGGAAAUAAAACAGAGUGAUCACACCAGUAUGUCAGCCUUAGCAACAUGUCAAAAUGUACUGAAAACGAAGGAGACAGCAAAAAAUGUUUUCAGAUGCUAGAAUAUUAACAGUACUUGAAUAUUACCUUGGCACAAAUAGGACAAAUGAACAACCAUGAUAAUACAAAUAAUGAACACUUAGAUUUUUUUAUACAAGAGUUAACAAUUACUUUCAAACUUCUAUUCAUUGUAGUUUUUGGCGUUGUUUAUUGCGAUUUUUAAAAUGUAAUUGUUUUAUAUUAUGAAAAAAAAAAGCUUGUCAUCUUUAAUGCUGCUUCUUAUAUGAUGAAUGUGUGAUGUAUUUGUGAUGAAGUAUUUGGCAAAUGUAAAUAUUUUGUUACAGAAAUGAAAAUGGUAUUCCCUCUAUCUUACUAAAGCUGUCCAAAGCAAUUGAGACAUGCAGAUGAGGUGUAGAAGAAACAGAGAGAGCCAGCAAGGAGAGAAAACAGUAGGAAUAUAGGUCAUUUGGGACAUGUGAACUGAUUAUAGAUGGACUCAUUGCUUGCCAGGACACCAACUAUCUGCUAGAAAAAGCCACUGGUGGUAACCAUCAUUAUUCACUGAUAGCAAUGUAAUCCAGGUCAAUCUUGUUUACUUUCAUUUAAGGAAUUUUAGUAGCAGCAGACUAGAGCAUUUGGAGAUACAUAAUAUGAGUAAAAACUGCUGUGUGCCUUUUUCUGUUUGGUUUAUGGUUGACAAAUAAAUCGUGCCUAGCAUUAUAAGUGACAAAAUGGAGAUGAUUACUCUGGUCAUCAUAUGAUUAGAACAUUCUACAGCUCUUUUCCCACCAAAUGCUGGUAAAGUCUAUUUAGGCUAUUCAUAAUAAUGUACAUCACAAUCUCAUUAACAUCCCUUGGGUUUCUCUUGUUUCAUUAUUUCUGUUUACUUUCUGUUGCCUUACAUACAAUAUGCCUUUAUGCAAACAAAUGCCUUUGUGUCCUUCUUGGACUUUAUGAUUUAUCCCUUGCUUGUAAAUUCAGCA